GGCCGGGCGGCACCAUGGCGGCUGCUGCUGCGGCGGCGGCUUCUCCCGAGGCGCCGGCCGUCACGGGCACGGCCGAACCCGAGACGGGAGACGAGGACAGCCGCGAGGUCCGAGUGCUGCAGAGCCUGCGCGGCAGGAUCUAUGAAGCAAAAAAUUUAUUGCCAUAUCUUGGACCCAACAAAAUGAGAGAUUGUUUCUGCACUAUAAAUUUGGACCAAGAAGAAGUUUAUCGUACCCAGGUUGUUGAAAAGUCUUUAAGACCAUAUUUCAGUGAAGAAUUUUACUUUGAAAUUCCAAGAACUUUCCAGUAUUUGUCAUUUUAUGUUUAUGAUAAGAAUGUUUUACAAAGAGAUCUUCGUAUAGGAAAAGUAGCCAUCAAAAAAGAAGACUUGUGUAAUCAUAGUGGUAAAGAAACUUGGUUUUCACUGCAGCCUGUUGACUCGAACUCAGAAGUUCAGGGAAAAGUUCACCUUGAAUUAAAACUGAAUGAACUGAUAACAGAGAACGGAACAGUGUGCCAGCAACUUGUUGUACACAUCAAGGCAUGCCAUGGAUUGCCCCUCAUAAAUGGACAAAGUUGUGAUCCUUAUGCAACAGUUUCCCUAAUUGGACCUUCUAGGAAUGACCAAAAGAAGACAAAAGUAAAGAAGAAAACAAGCAAUCCGCAGUUUAAUGAAAUCUUUUAUUUUGAGGUAACCAGAUCCAGUAGUUAUACCAGGAAGUCCCAGUUCCAAGUAGAAGAAGAGGACAUUGAAAAAUUGGAAAUCAGGAUUGAUUUGUGGAAUAAUGAAAACCUAGUCCAAGAUGUUUUCCUGGGUGAAAUUAAAGUUCCUGUGAGUGUGUUAAGGAACGAUUCCUCUCAUCAAGCCUGGUACUUGCUACAACCAAGAGACAAUGGAAACAAGUCAUCUAAAACCGAUGACCUGGGAUCUCUUCGAUUAACUCUGUGUUAUACAGAAGACUAUGUGCUUCCAUCAGAAUACUAUGAUCCCUUGAAAACUCUGCUGCUAAAAUCUCCAGAUGUUCAGCCAGUAUCUGCCUCAGCUGCUUAUAUUUUGGGUGAAAUAUGUCAAGAUCAAAAGGAUGCUGUUUUGCCUCUUGUUCGACUAUUGCUGCAUCACAAUAAACUGGUUCCUUUUAUCACUGCGGUGGCUGAACUGGACUUGAAGGAUACCCAAGAUGCAAGCACAAUUUUUAGAGGAAAUUCCCUGGCAACUCGGUGUCUGGAUGAGAUGAUGAAAAUCGUGGGAGGGCACUACUUGAAAGUCACAUUAAAGCCCGUUCUAGACGAGAUAUGUGAAUCCUCGAAAUCCUGUGAAAUAGAUCCUGUUAAGUUGAAAGAGGGAGAUAAUGUAGAAAAUAAUAAGGAGAAUCUGCACUACUAUGUGGACAAAGUAUUCAAUACAAUUGUAGGAUCAAGUGUGAGCUGCCCCACUGUGAUGUGUGAUAUCUUUUAUUCUCUGAGGCAAAUGGCUACUAAGAGAUUUCCUAAUAACCCUCAUGUUGAGUACUCUGCAGUGACCAGCUUUGUGUUUCUUCGUUUCUUUGCUGUAGCGAUACUGUCACCUCAUACUUUUCAUUUGCGACCUCAUUAUCCAGAUACACAGACAAUUAGAACAUUAACUCUCAUCUCAAAAACCAUACAGACUUUGGGAAACUGGGAAAGUCUAUCCAGAAGAAAGUCUCGUUCCAAAAAGUCAGUUAUGUGUGAAUUUCUCAAAAUGUUUCAAGAGGAAAGAUACUUUACAGACGUGAAAAAGUUCUUGGAUGAAAUUUCAUCUACAGAAACUAAGGAAUCCAGCGGUACGAGCGAGCCUGUGCACCUGAAAGAAGGUGAAAUGUAUAAAAGAGCUCAAGGAAGAACCCGUAUUGGAAAAAAGAAUUUCAAGAAACGAUGGUUCUGCUUGACAAGCAGAGAGCUCACCUACCACAAACAGCCAGGCAAAGAUGCAAUUUACACUGUUCCAGUAAAAAACAUUCUUGCUGUGGAAAAACUGGAAGAAAGCUCUUUCAACAAGAAAAAUAUGUUCCAAGUGAUACAUACAGAGAAGACACUCUACGUCCAAGCAAAUAACUGUGUGGAAGCUAAUGAGUGGAUCGAUGUGCUGUGCAGGGUGAGCAGAUGCAACCACAACAGGCUCAGCUCUUUUCAUCCGUCCGCUUAUCUCAAUGGGAACUGGCUCUGCUGCCAGGAGACCGGUGAAAGUACACCAGGCUGCAAGCCAUGUACUGCAGGUAUUCCUGCAGACAUCCAGAUAGAUAUUGAUGAAGACAGAGAAGCAGAAAGAAUUUAUUCCCUUUUUACCCUCAGUUUACUUAAGCUGCAGAAGAUGGAAGAGGCUUGCGGGACUAUAGCAGUCUAUCAAGGGCCACAGAAAGAGCCUGAUUAUUCCAACUUCACAAUUGAAGAUUCUGUUACAACCUUUAAGACAAUUCAACAAAUAAAAAGCAUCAUAGAGAAGCUAGAUGAGCCUCAUGAGAAAUACAGAAAGAAAAGAUCAAGUAGUGCAAAAUACGGAAGCAAGGAAAAUCCAAUUGUUGGGAAAAUAUCAUAGUUUGAUCAACUGAUGGAGAACUGGAAAAUAUUCCUUUUCAUGAAGUUUUUAAUUCACCCAAUUUUGUUCAUACUAUGUAAGAGCAGACAUUGGCUUUGAUGACACCUGCUUUCACAAUGUAUUUAAUAUUUAAUGGUUGAAAUGAACUGUUUGGGAAUUCUGAUAUCCAUGAUUUUAUUACUAGAGAAUUUGAAACCCAAGAUUUCCUUCAAAUCCAUAUCAUUGCAGCUUCUUUUGAUGGAAAGAAUCUUUCUAAGGAAGGUUCCUAAGAAGCUUUUGAUAAAGGGAGCACGUCAUAGUAAGAAGCCAACUCUACUUGUAGCUCUCUAUUGUGUGGACUCAUUUUCACUACCGUUAGUGCCUGCUCUGUACUGCCAACAUUGUCUUUUACUAGAAAAUCCCAGUUCAUUGUCAGUUCUGAACUUUCAUUGAGUUCAUCUGGACCCUCCGUCUCUAAAAAGGAAAAAGAAGAAAAAACAAAAGCUUUUUUCCUUUGUUGUGCUAGCCGUUACAGGUUAUGGAGACCGAGACGAAGACCUCAGAACACCCUUGAUGUUGGUGGGUGUUUUGUCUGGUCACAGGUGUAAGAGUGCUCAGAUAGAUAUCAGGGAAUAUGUGCUCCUGUGUGCACCGUGUUUACAUUUGAAAUGAGUGAUGGCAGACGAAAUAAAAUGAGACCACUAAAAUGUUUUUCAUUGUUUUAAAUAUCAGGUACUCAUAUUCUUAAUUUGAGAAUUAGUUUAACAUUGCUCCUGAAGGCUUCUCUUCCCAACCAGAAGAGAAUAGUGAAGGUGGUGAGAAAUCACUUGACCUUGCCUGCUGUUCAUGUCGUAAUAAGGGCGUGUAAAGAUGCCCUCCAUAUAGUGUUAGGUCCUGCUCUAACUCGAGAACUGUCACUUGGCGCACUUUAAUAAUCUGGCACAUUCCAGAUUGUAGUUUAGAUACUCCAUGGUAUCUAUCUUUUAUGAUCAGUUAAAUGAUCAGUGUUUAAGCCUAGAACAAUGCUUUUCUGAAAAUGUUUAUAUUUUAUUGCUGUUUCCUUAUUGCCUGCUAACCAAAUGGAAUUAGGUUCAGCAGCUACUUGGGUCCUGAAAAUAGUAACAAUAAAUAAGCAGUUGAAGCAAGUGCCACCCUGGAGAGGAGUGAUGCGCUUGGCUUCAUCAGUAUUAAAACCAUGGUACUUACUUGUCUUUUUUUAAUUCAGAACAUUUUCUAAGUGUGGUACUUUAAACCUUGGGGUAUUUACAUAUGUUCCUGUUGAAAUGUGACUUGUUGGUGUAAGUCUUACUAGCUGUGAUUUUCUAUUUCGUUGAGCUUAAGCUGUAAUUCAGAAUAUAUUUGCCAAUUAUGUUGUUGCUAGGUAAUUGUUUUUACAUUGUUAUUAGGUAAUUAUUUUUAAAGAUUUUUAACACAGAGUUGUCCCAUAAAAAAUCAUGAUUGAAAAAUGUAUUUUUCUAAAUGACUUUUGUUGUUGGUUGUUUUUACUCUUUGCUCUUUUGAGCGGCCUGCCAUCCAGCUCCCAAAUUAAUCACAUGGAGAUUUAUUAUUACUUACAAAUGCCCAGCCUUAGCUUAUUUCUGUUCAGCUUUCUUUUACUUAAAUUAUCCCCUCAACCUUUUGCCUCUAGGCUUUUUCCUUCUUAUUUUUGUAAUCUUACCUUCACUUUUACUCCGUGGCUGACAGGGUGGCUAGCCCCUUCUUUUCUCUCUCCUGAUCUCUCUUGCUUCCCGAAUUCCUCUUUUCUCCUAUUUAUUCUCUCUGCCUACAAGCCCCACCUAUCCUUUGUCCUGCCUUGCUAUUGGCCAUUUAGCUCUUUGUUAGGCCAAUCAGGUGUUUUAGACAGGCAAAGUAACACAGCUUCACAGAGGUAAACAAAUGCAACAUAAAAGAAUGUGACGUAUCUUUGCAUUAUUAAAUGUUUUACAGCAUAAACAAAGGUAACACAUCUUAAAGUAAUGUUCUAUAACAGACUUUUAAGAGUUAGCACAGGCCGGCCUGAACUGCGCUUGAGUCCUUUAAAUCUGACAGAGUAGGAGAUCCCAUUAACUGUACUGUGUUGUAGAUGUUUUUAAAAAGCCAUUUUAAUACAUUUCUCAUGAACUUCGUAUUAAAAUUCCUACUUCUCCGAAAUGUCUACCUAAAAAGGACAUGAGGUCCAGAUAAGAGAGAUCAAGGCUCUUUCGUGGUUUUCAGUCUUCUGUUGGUUGUUUCGUUUGGGUUUUUCUCCUCCCAAGAGGAACUAUUUCCUAACAAUUUCUUGUUGUUUUGAGACAAGGUCUCACUACAUAUCCCUGGCUAGCCUAGAACUCAGAGAUCCACCUGCCUCUGCCUCCACUUCCUAAGUCCUGGAAUUAAAGGCAUGUUUAUCACAUCCAACACCCCUAACAUUUCUAAUAUCAAACUCCAAUCAUAAAUAUGUUUAAAGAUCAUAGGAUUAAAAGGGCCAAAGCUGUGUACAUGUAUAAUUCUUGAGAGCUCAGUCUCCUAGUUCUAUUAUUGACGUGACCCUUUAAACAGCCAAAUUGACUAGAAUUAAUUAGAUAGCUUGACACAAUGUAAAAAAAGAAAUAUAUAACUAAUUUUCCUUAGAUUAAGUCUUUUCCAGUCAGAAGUGAUGUCCACGGGACCUUUUGGACAAUCAAGGCUCUUCUAAGAACCUUCUCCUUUGCUGUGCUCUUGAGUACUUUUGAGUCUUAACUCUAUGAUCUCCUUUCUCUGCCUUUUACAAAGAGCAUUUGGGAAAAAAAAAUAUAUGGCAGCUUGCCUCUCCCUAAAACCUGGAAACCCCAGAAAGGACAGAAGAAGAUGACAGGGGGACUCUAACCCUCCUAUCACAGGUGCUCACUAGCUGUGAGCUUCGUGGAGCUGUGUUCAUCCACUCAGAGUGGGGUAAUCUAUUCUAUGUUUUCUUUCGCUUUGUUUUAAAUCACCAUCUGAUAAGACAGUGGACAGUAGCAAAGGUUUUAAUCAAAUCAAACUGUUUUGUUUACCAAAGAAACAUGUUUUUAAUGUCACGGGUAACAGUGAAGAGUCAAAACUGGGCUUUUGUUUUACCAACAGGAAACAUCACAUGACUGGUGACUGUGGCUUUUGUUUGUGUUUCCAAGGCCUGGUUUCAUUCUUCUACUGGAAAAGCUCAUUUAAGCCAUGUGUUAAAAAAAAAAA